AUGGACAAGGGUUACGGAAACAAUUGCUUUGACCAGAGUGAAAUUGGACACAGCCCUCCUCCUGCCUACACCCCUAUGUCAGGAAAUCAGUUUCUCUACAGAGAUGGAAGUUUGUCUACGGAACAAGGAGUCCCUUUGCCAUACAGAACUGCCAUACCAGGCAUAGCUCCAGAAGCUCCCAUCAGGCAAGGAGGUGCUGAGAUCUGUGACGACACUUGCUGCAAUGGUACUUUACGGAAACAAGUGGCAAGUCUUUCACAAGAGGACAGUAUCACUCAGAGGUAUAGCGCUGACCCGACAGUUUUUAUCCCAGAGCGAGGGCCAAGAACCGAGCUGGAUGAAGAAGGCUAUAUGACUCCAAUGCCAGAAAAGUGCAAAACAGAUCACCUGAAUCCAGUAGAGGAGAAUCCAUUUGUUUCUCGGUGGAAGAAUGGUGAUCUUCAAGCUCUGGACAACCCAGAUUAUCACAACAGCCAAACUGGGCAGCCCAAAGCCGAGGAUGAAUAUGUGAGUGAGCCCCUGUACCUCAACACCUUCGCAAGCACCUUUGAAAACGCAGAGUACCUGAAGAAAAAUGGGCUUCCAUUGCCAGAAAAGCCCAAAAGGGCAUUUGAUAACCCAGGUUAUUGGAAUCACAGCCUGCCUCCGCGAAGUACCCUCCAGCAUCCGGACUACCUUCAGGAAUACAGCACAAAAUAUUUUUACAAACAAAACGGAAGGAUCCGGCCCACUGUGGCCGAGAACCCCGAAUACCUCUCAGAGUUCUCUCUGAAGCCUGGCAUGAUGCUGCCCCCUCCACCCUACAGACACCGAAACACCGUAGUGUAAUCCCAGGGAGAAAUGGGGAAAACCAUACCAGCACUCUCCUUCUCUCCUUCUUCCCCCUGCCCCUUUUCUCCUCCUACCCCCCUUUUCUUACUUUCUCUGUCUCAAAUCUUCCCUCCAUUUGAUGUCUGCAAAGAGAAGGGACUCAUUUCAGUCGAUGAUUCCAGGAAUUUAGGAAGAAACAAAAGGGGGGGGAGUCUGGAUUUUCUUCCUUUUCAAGCCCUUCUUUUGGAGGAAGAAAAGAUCAGAACAGCCACGCACGCUAGGAACAGCCCCUGAAGUGGUUGCCUGCUGUCGGGCUGGUCUUCUCAUAGGGAUCCAGCUGGGGGGCUGCCAAGAAAGUCACCCUGGCCAGUUUCUAUCAGCAGGAAGUGCCAGAGCCACUGAAGCAUUCCCACAGAAAGCAAGGCAGUUUCAAAAGGUGGAAAGGGGUAGAAAAAGACAAUUUU